UAACCCGUCGCAUCGCUGGCAUGCUAAAAAGAUAAUAGAAAAAAAUGUUUUGACGGCUCGUGGUUAUGGGCAACGUCUUGCGAUUUAAAUGUGUCAACUGUGCAAACGCAGACCAACGGCAACGCAGAAAAAUGACUGUUUUGCUGAUCGGUCUAGAUAACGCCGGAAAGACUUGCAUUCUCAAAAGUAUAUUACGAGAAAAACAAAAAAAUGUUCUUCCUACAAUCGGAUUUUCGUCUUCCUCGUUCCGUCACCGGGACAACGACAUUACCAUUUACGACCUAGGCGGUCACAAACAGAUACGUGAUAUAUGGAACCAAUAUUUUGCCGACGUGCACGGCGUCGUCUUCGUGGUGGAUUCGACGGAUCACCGGCGGCUAGACGAGUGCAGGGAUGUGUUCACAAAUGUGUUGAAGCACGACAAAAUAGCCGGAAAACCCGUGCUGCUAUUAGGCAACAAACAAGACAAGCACGGGGCUUUGGACGAAUUGGAUAUUGUCGACCGGUUGAACGUGGAAGCCGUGGUGAACAUAAACAAAUGUCCAACUCUAGUGGAAACGUGCACUGCUCUACACAUGGCACCGAUCCACUAUUGCAGUGCCGCUUUCGUCGAUCCCUGCAUCGAUAGUGGUUUUAACUGGCUGGUAUCGCAAAUAGUUAAACAAUACAGCGCUUUAAACGCUCGCGUGACGCAAGACGUGGCCCAUUACAAGGCGGACGUGGAUAGGAAAAUACAGGAAUGGAAAAAAAAACAAGAGACUUCGAACGACUCUUAUUUGCUAUCGUUUAACGCUCCUCAUCGGAGGUCGACUAAACGAAAUCCUUUCAGACAUAUAACCAGAGUCAUAGAUAGUUUUGAAUCGAAAACACAAAACCCCGCUGAAGACAUGGGGAGUACUUCUUUCAUCAUCCCUCUAAGAGAAGAAACACCCGAACCGGCACCUGUUGCUUUCCGAAACAAAGUCAAACCAGCUGUCGUUCAAUCAGCUUCUGCCCGUAGUCCAGAACCGGGACCGCGGCCGGGCCGUUCGAGGUCGCCGCUAUUUAGGGCUCUUUCCAAAGAAAGCGAACGCGGACAAGGAGAAGCCAGCACGUCGUCUUUACACGUGGCACCAGCUGUGGUCGGAAGCGACAGGUUGCCAAAGGAGGAAUCGUUCACUGCUAAAAUGAAAAGGUCCGUCUUUAGCAGGUCGAAUUCGGCAGGUGGGAAGUCGUCGACUUCGGUGCACAGACGACCGUCAAGUGCACGGUCUUUAAAAAAAAAUUUUAAAGGUCCGGGGGCUGGAACAACCCUCGAAAAAACUCUUAAUGAGCCUGAAGUCGUAGUCCGUCGGCAGAAUCUUCAAAUGACUGAAACGGCCACUCGACUACCAGAAAUUUCCAGUCACAUGUGAGAACACUGAUGAAUGUUGUACUGUAAUUAUGCCCGAUUGAGUGAUUUAUUGUUUUGAUUAUUUUAUAUUUUAAAUGAUAUUGGUAUGUUUUAU